AGCUGCUUAUAUAUGUAUACACUGAGAAUUAACCAAACCAUCGCAUGAUGAACAUCCUUGAAUCUUCCGAUCUUGGCGGCUACAAAGAGGUGAAGGUGAUGGAUGAAAUUGAGCACCAAAGGGCUCUCAUGGUGGACCUACACGACCUUGUGCUACCGAUACUUGAUCCCUGCAGCGGGCAAGCGAAGCUCGUGCAGCAACUCUUCGAAGAAGUAUUCAGCUGCUCCGGUAAGAUCAUCUCCUCACUACAACCUGGUCGUAACGACAGAGAGAAACAGGCCAUUCUUAUCAAAUGUAAAAGAAAAGGAUGUAUGGGAAACGUGGAGAAUAAUCGCGUAUCGGAGGAGAACGACGGCGGCGGCGGCAAGGGCCGUGGAAACAGGAGAAGGAAGAAUGCAAAACACGUAGUGAGUUCAGUUGUGACACAAGCACCAAACUUUGAUGGGUAUCAGUGGAGAAAGUACGGGCAGAAGUGGAUCUCCAAAGCAAAGCAUUCUAGGUACGACGUACGUAUGGAAUUGAAAGAAAACAUCUGCACUGAUGCAUGCAUUUAG